CUUUCACUCUUGCUGUAGACCUUCAUUAACAUGGGGUUGGCAAUAUAUGCCGCGUUGCUUUUCUUCUCAGCAGAUUUGAGCAGAGUGGGAGCACAACGCUCAGUAGUGUUGCAUCGUGAGAAGAGAAGGUGGAUUUCUGCAACUUUCAAACUUACAGAAGAAGAUGUGGGUCCUUUCCCUAAAAAAGCAAUAAAGGUUUCCAAUGAUCAGUCACAAAGCCAUACAAUGCUGUUUUCAAUGACAGGCCAGGGUGUGGAUGCUGAACCUGAGAGAGGCUUGUUUUCAAUUGAUAGGUACAGCGGACAAAUAUACAUCCAUCACAAAGUUGAUCGUGAAAAAACAAAGGAAUUAAUGUUUCAAGUCGAUGCUCUGGAACGAGACUCUCUGCGACCGCUGGACGAACAUAUGCUGUAUAAAAUUGUCGUGAAUGAUAUCAAUGACAAUGCUCCUCAAUUCAAAGAAAUAAAACCUGUUAAUGUAUUGGAAAAUACUGCUCUAGGUGAAGAAAUCUUGAAGGUGGAAGCAACAGAUCCCGAUGAUGUAAGGAUUGGUAAUGGAAAAAUUUCAUAUUCAAUUGUUUCUCAAAGACCUGCAAUCCCAUCAAAUGUGUUUAAUAUUAAUUCAGAAACUGGAUCCAUCAUUCUUGAAAAAUGUCUGGACUAUGAGGCCAUUAAAUCGUACUCUUUGGUCAUUAAAGCAAGAGAUAAUGGAUUGCAAGUAUUGUCCACCAGUACAGCAGUACAGAUAAAUGUGACAGACGCCAACAAUAAUCUUCCAAUUUUAACUCAGAAAAGUGUUUCAGCUAAUAUCAAUGAAACUGACAAUAAUGUAGUAAUAUUACGAGUAAGUGUUACGGAUAAAGACACUCCUCAUACACCAGCCUGGAGAGCGAAAUACAAGAUAAUACAAGGGAAUGAAGAUGAAAAUUAUAAGAUUGAAACAGAUCCAGAAACAAAUGAUGGAAUGUUGUUUCUAAUAAAGUCUUUGGAUUAUGAAGCUAAUCCUCAGAGUUAUCUGAAGAUAAUAGUUGAAAAUGAAGAACCUUUCGCUACAUGUCCAGCACUGAGUGGGAGAACUUCCAAUGAAUUCCCAGAAAUCUCUGCAGUUAUAACUGUGAAGGAUAAGAAUGACCCUCCAGUGUUCACCCCUCCAGUAUUAUUUGUUCAGGAGAUUGAAGGUCAGAAGCCUGGAAAGAUACUGGGAAGAUUUAAUGCGACUGAUACUGAUAAAUUCUUUAAGCAUUCCAUCAGAUAUGUUCGAGGAUCCGACCCAGCUGAAUGGUUUGCAGUAGAUGCUGACACUGGUGCCGUCUCAACAGUAAAAACACUGGAUCGCGAAUCCCCUUAUGUGAAUAACAGUUUUUAUACAUUAAUUGUUUAUGCAGUUGAGGAUGGUGAGAGCCCUACAACAGGAACCGGCACAAUGUCUCUUUUUCUGAUCGAUACCAAUGACAAUCUGCCUUAUCUUGUCAAUACACACCAAGAGAUGUGUGAUGAAGGUGAAGUCCCAUUUGUAACUGUUGCAGCCAGGGAUGAUGACCUGGAUCCCUACAGUGGUCCCUUCACAUUUAUGCUGUUGGACAAUGAACAACAUAUAAAGGACAAUUGGAAAUUGCGCACACCAACAGACAGGACAGUUCAGCUUGUGAUGGAAAAGAAAAUUCCUGUUGGAAACUACUCUGUGCCUUUCAGAAUCCAAGAUAGACAGGGAAUUACCCAGGAAUGUGUUUUGAAUCUGCGCAUAUGCCAUUGUCUUGAUGGGAAAACAUGCCCUGUACUAAAGCCUGCAACAACUAACUUACGUGGAGCUGCGAUUGGAAUGUUCUUUGCUGGCUUAUUAUGUUUGCUCUUGGGAUUUUGUUUGCUAAUAUUUUGUACGUUUUCAAACAAGAAGGGUCAGCACUCAUUACCUUCGAAUGAACCUUUGUGGACUUUGAUCAACUACAAUGAAGAAGGAGGUAAUACAGCUCUGAAAACUCCAACUGAUCAUUCAGCUCAAUUAGUUUCUGACGAUGCUGGUUUGGGUACAAAAGGAACAAUGUCAAUUAAAUCUCGUGUACAAAACGGUGCUCAAGUUGUAUACAGAAAAAAUGAUGUUUUGCCAUACAGAGUUGGUACACAGGGCCCAUUCAGUGCAUUACAAAGACAUGGCAUGAACAGCUGGACUAACCAGCAGAGUAUGGAGACUUUGUCACAUGGAAGUGCUCCAUCCAGGUCAAGCUACAUUUCUCACAGUUAUGAUUCAAAUGCUUGGGACUCAAGGAAACAAUUAGGCACUUUACCAUUUCAAAGAAGCAUGUUUAGGCCAAUUGACAAACCACAACAACAUGACUCAAAUGUUUGGGCUAACAGGCACUAUUUGGCACCAGAUAUAAAUUAUAUUGACCCUACUUUUGAACCUCGUGUAUAUAGCUACGAAGGAGAUGAGCUACAUGCGCCAUCUCUUGAUGCCAUCAGCAUAGUUGAAAGUAGCUUUGGCUCUGACUACCUGAACAACUUAGAUCCACGGUUUACAGCACUAGCAAGAAUCUGUCAGGAAAAGUAUCCACUGUAAGUUCAGUGACGACAGAAAUAAACUAUGAGCACUAAGGGAUGUGUUUAUGUAUUGUCUGUAUUACCAUUUAACAAAUCAAUGAUGUUGGCAAGAGAGCAUUGUGUUACAAAGAAGUCUAGACAUCGAUGUUGCAUGUCAAAAUAAUGAAAGUUAACCCUAAUUUUAAUUGCUUUCUGAUUUCAACACAAGUCAAAACAAACCACUUGACCACUCAAAACCUGAAUAUUGCUGAAAAGAGACAUAUUGAUGUAUAACAACUUGUACCUCUUUUCAACAAUAAACUGAUAGCUUGUGUUACAGACUAUGCUUAAGUUGAAUAGCUAAAACACAAAAGUAUUCAAUAUCUGGCUUUAACUCGUCCCCAGUUAUGGAGGAAAAUCCAAGGAAACUCCAGACCAACUACAAACAAAGCAUACUUGAGGGAUUUUCUGCUGAAGCUAUGGUCAUUCAAUGAUGAGAAUUGCAAUGAAAACUAGUUGUGAUUUUUCAACAUGGCUUCAAAAUAUUGUGCAUUUAGUUAUUAUGUAAAUAACAAACACCUCAUAAUUUUAAAUCUUCAGUUUGUACAUGGAAUGAAUUUUCAGAGCAAGUGGUGGCUGUGGGUACAGUAACAAUGUUUAAAAGACAUUUAGAUAAGUACAAAAUGAAUAAGAAAUAUUUGGAGGGAUAUUGUCCAAGCUCAGGCACGUGGGACUAGUUUAGUUUGAGAUUAUGCUCAGCAUGGAUUGGUUGUGCCGAAGGGUCUAUUUCCAUGCUGUGUGACUCUAUUACUCUGACUCCAUGACUCAUGACUGAAGAGAGUUUCAGUAAGGUUUUAGGGGCCAUCUUGUAGUCCCUUGGUAUAGUCCCUAGCUUUGUACAGGAGGCCCAGGUCCAAGUCCCACUUGCUUCGGAGGUGGGUAAUGACAUCUCUGAACAUGUUGAUUAGAAAAAUGGGUUAAAAAAUUGAAGUAUGUUAUGCUGUUAAUGUAGUCAGGCAUUAGGUUUUCUAUCCUUAUGUUAUUUGAAUGCUAUCACCUAAUUGCUGUAAAUAUUUUUACAUAACUGGUUAAUAUUGGGAAAGGUACAAAAAUGCAGAGAUUUCACAAAAUGGCUAAAUGUUUUUAUAUAAGUUAACAUUCAAACAGAUUGUUUUUGAUCAGGGAAUCUUCAGCAUUGAAAAUUGGCUAAAUUAUCUUGGGGUGAUGGGUGGAAACAAGGGCAAUUUAACAGUGAAGGCAACCACCAUCUUCUUGACCUGACCACAAAUUGUUUCCUCCAGACACAGAUUUGAUAGUCAAAAGUCAUUCUUUCUUGCUCAUUUUGUGUAAAUUACAGUAGAGGAGUUAGUCCUCAUGUGCCAACUCAUUUCCCUCACUUUACCCCAAGUGUUGCUAACCCUAGGAAUGGUGAAGUGAAAUGUGCUUUUACUAUCCGCAGUGGCAAAAGAUGUGAACAUGCCUUUUUUGAAGGGACAGAGUAUAAUACAAUAAGCACCUCUUCUUUUGCUUUUGUCUUAGCUAUUAUCUUUUUGAACAUCAGCGCAUUUAAAACCGUUAGGUCUCUAAAUUAUUCUUGGUUACUCAGGCCUCCUUUGCCACCCUUAAUAUUUCAACAAGCUUUUCACCCAUAUUUCCUUCUUCAUUUAGUGUGGACUCACCAUAGUGAGAGAGCUCAGGCUGCAUGCUUGUUUGGAUCCAAUUGGGAAAGUAGAUUGGAAUGGGAGGAGUGUCAGAAUGGCGUGUGGAGAUUCUGCAUCAACAGUAGAGUAGGGGCAAGAGAAAUCCAGCUUAGCGUUUUUCUUAUGAGUUUGGAUCAAGAUGUAAAAUGGUAGGAGUUUGUUAACCUUCUACAUUUGAUCCUUUCCUGAAUAAUUGAUUGUGCAUUGUAUAAACUAAUGAAUCUGUGUAUAUUAACUCAGUUGGCUGGAUGGCUGGCUUGUGAUGUAAAAUGAUCCAAACGGCAGCAUGGGUUCAAUCCCUGCAUCUGCUGAGGUUACCAUGAAAAACCCUCCUUUUCAAACUUUUCCCUUACAUGAGAUGUGGUAUCCCUCAAAUUAAACAUUAGUUGUUUCUCAGCAAUGAGAGAGCAGCCGUCUGAUCUGGUCGAACUGUGGGAAUUUUACUUGUACAUACUACUUGCAAUAAUGCUAUAAACUGAUUGGAAGUCAUCAUAAAAUAUACAAUGAUACAUAUCCACUUACUUAAAGAACAAUUGUUUUGGAAAGUUGUUGCAUUUGAGAAUUGUUUACAUUAGCUUUGAUCUUGCAGUUUCUAACCUUGAACAAAUUUCCUGACUGAAUGUAUGCUUACAAGUUAUGCAUUCAAUUUACAUGAACAAAGUGAAAUAUGGAAUAAACU